AUGGGGAACUGCAUCACCUCCAGCGCCCGGGACGACCGCCUGGUCCCUCGGUUUCCGGCCCCCUUCGGCGAGCGGAGAGGCGGAGACGGCCCGGGGGGACCGCGGGGUCCCGAGCGGCGCCGGGCGGGGGCGGCCCGGCCGGGAGCGCCGCUGACCUUCCGUCGGAGGAUCCGCCUCAUCCAGAGCCUGCCUCGAGACGUGUACAGAAGCGAAGGAUGCGAAACGAAGGCCGCCGAGUGCGCGGUCUGUCUGACGGACUUGGUGCCCGGGGACCCCAUCCGGCCUCUGCCCUGCAAGCACGUCUAUCACCUGGACUGCAUCAACGAGUGGCUGGGCCGGUCCCUCACCUGCCCGCUCUGCCGGGGGCCCGCGGAGGCCGCGAAGCCUUUGUUCCAGGGCGCUCUUGAGCCCGGACCCCUGGUGUGA